AAAAUUUCAACUAACCUCGCAAGUCGCACAUGUGCGUUGUGCUCCCUGUUAUACUCGUGGAUCCAGCACGUUCGUGUGCUUGGGAUAGAAGGAGUUACAAUUUUAUACAGUUUUAAAUAAAAUAAUUUAUAACAAUGGGUAAAAAGGCUAAAAUUGGAAAGCAGCGUCGUGAUAAAUAUUAUCACUUAGCUAAAGAGACAGGUUACAGAUCUCGUGCUGCAUUCAAGUUGAUUCAGCUGGAAAGAAAAUUUGAGUUCUUGAAAAGAGCUAAAGUAUGCAUAGAUUUGUGCGCUGCCCCAGGAGGAUGGAUGCAAGUAGCUCAUGAACAUAUGCCAAUGUCAAGUAUUGUUGUUGGAGUAGAUUUAUUCCCAAUCAAACCUGUACCAGGAUGUAUCUCAAUAGUAGGGGAUAUCACUGUUGAUAAAACCAGAGUAGAAAUAUCUAGAGAACUUAAAACCUGGAAGGCUGAUGUUGUGCUUAACGAUGGUGCACCAAAUGUUGGUCAAAAUUGGUUGCAUGAUGCUUAUCAACAAUCUACUUUAACCCUUUCUGCUUUGAAAUUGGCCACUAGUUUUUUGAGAAAGGGAGGAUGGUUUGUCACAAAGGUUUUCAGGUCUAAAGAUUACUUAGCUCUUGUGCACAAUUUCAAGCAACUCUUUCAAAAGGUUCAUGCCACAAAGCCCUCAGCAUCACGUAAUGAAUCUGCUGAAAUUUUUGUUGUUUGCCAAGGUUAUAUUGGUACACCCAAAGUUGAUCCCAAAUUGCUGGAUCCAAAAUAUGUAUUUGCAGAAGCUGAAGAAGACCUUAGGCAUAAAUAUAACAUUUAUGCACCAGAAAAGCAAAAGAAAGCCAAAGCAAUUGGUUAUGAAGAUGGAGAUUAUACUCAGUUUCACAAAGUUUCUGUUAAAGAUUAUAUUGCUGGGUCAAGUGCAGUCGAAACACUUCAGUAUGCUUCACAAAUUGCCAUUGACGAUGAAAGAAUCUUGAACCAUCCAAAAACAACAACAGAAAUCAAAGAAUGUUGUAAAGACAUUAAAGUUUUGGGUAAAAAAGAUAUGAAAAAUCUUAUGGCUUGGUGGAAAGCAAUGAAAGCUGAGUUUGGAGAAAAAAAAGUUAUAGCUGAACCAGAUACAGUUGAAGAAAUAGAGCCCAAAACUCAAGAAGAAUUGGAAGAUGAGGAAGAUGAACAAAUUACACAAGAAAUAGAAAAAAUCAAAAAAGAAAAAGCCAAGGAACUGAAAAAAAAGAAAAAGAAAGAGCGCGAAGAAAGAGUCAAGCUCAAUAAAGCUAUGAAUUUAGAAAUGGUUCACAAAGGAGAUCCAGGAAUUGUAAUGGAAGCUGAUGAUAUGUUUUCACUGGAACAAAUUAAAUCUGCUACCCAGUUGGCUCAAGUGACUGAUCAAGCUCCUGAUAUGUUAGCAGUAAGUGAUGAAGAGAGUGAGGACGAUGAAAAAGUUUUACCAAAAUAUGUUAAGUAUGAAAAAGAUUCAGGACACUUGGAUAGCAAAGGAUUAUUUUAUAAAGAUGAUGAAAGUGAUUUGGAAUUUGAUGAAAAUGAUGAUGACAGUGAUAAAGAAGACGAUGAUGAUGGUUUUGGUACUGAUACUGAAAAUGAUGUAAAAGAAGAAGAAGACGAAGAAGAAGAAGAGGAAGAUAUUGAAAUGGAAGUGGAUGAUGAUGAAGAAGAAGAAGAAGAUAAUAAAGAGGAAGAACACCCUCUAAUUACAGAUUUGGAUUACAGAGAUCUGAGCACUAAAAAAUUAGCAAAAAUUAACAUGUUUUUUGAAAGAGAUAAUUUUAAAGAUUCUAGUGACGAAGAAUUAGUGGAAGAUAUGGACAUUGAUAGAAUGGUCGAUGUAUACAAAAAAAAAGGAGGAAAAAUUAUUGGUGAUGACAAAGAUUCCUCCCAAAAAAAUAAAAAAUCUGGAAAGUCGAAAUAUCAGAGUGAUGAUGAAGUAUCUGAUAAUGAUUCUGAUUAUAAUGUCGAUGAAGAAGUAGGUAGAGAUAUCAAAUCUUCCAAAAACAAAGCAAAGAACAAGAAAGUUGGUGGCAAAGAUGGAUUUGAGAUAGUGUCCAAAGAAUCAGCAGCAAAAUCACAAGUUAAAAAACGAAAACUGACGCCAGAGGACUUGGCACUAGGAACUAUGAUUGCUCAGGGCAAGAAAGCUCGCAGAGACAUCACUGAUGCUGCUUGGAAUAGAUAUGCUUUCAAUGAUGAUCACUUACCAGAUUGGUUUGUGGAAGAUGAGCAAAAGCAUAUGAAAAAGGAAAUAGAGAUCCCAGAAGAAAUACUUGAGGAUUGCAAGUCGCGAACGAAAGGUAUCAAUGUGAGGACCUCUAAAAAAGUCAUGGAAGCAAAGGCUCGUAAGAAGAAGCGAGCAUUGAUGAAAAUGAAUAGCGCAAAGAAGAGGGUUGAAAAUGUUAUGGAGAAUGUAGAAUUAAGCGAACGCGAAAAAGCUAGACAAGUGAAAAAUAUCUACAAAAAAGCUACGCAAGAACCGAAGAAGAAAGUCACUUACGUCGUCUCUAAAAAGCACAGUGCACAAAAACGCGUUUCUCGACCUCGCGGUGUUAAAGGACCUUACAAAGUCGUUGAUCCUAGGAUGAAAAAGGAUCUGCGUGCUGCAAAAAAUAAAGAAAAGACAAAAGGUCGCGGGAAGAGAGCGCCGCCACCAGGUCGUGGCAGAAAAAAUGCGUCCGGAGGUCGGGACAAAAACAGCCGAAAUGAAAGGAGAUCACAGGCAGAAACUGGUGGUAGCCAUUCAAAGGGUACCAGAGUCAGAGGUGGCAAGGGUAAAGGUGGUGGCAAAGCCCCAAAAAGGCGCUAAACUUAGACCACAAUUAAUUAUGUUAAAAAUGCUUAGCUAAUAAAAUUAUUUUUACUAUUUGUUUAUACUACAUUGGUAUUAUUACCAAUCAUCUGUAAAUAAAAUUUAAAAAGUUAAAACUUGA